AUUGCUGUUUCACGGUCGGUCCUAGACGACGAAAAGACACGAAAUUCUCUCCUCGCCACACCUUCCUACCGUCGAUCGUUGUUUGCGAAAUUUUUCACGCGACGCAAUUAAACAUUUUACGAUGUAUCGGUAUAUAUCGGUAUAGAUUCUCUCUUUCGCAAAUUCUAUAAUAAUACAGAAAAUCUCCUAAAAUCUCGUAAAGGUUGUCAAUGUCACAGCUGGAAAGAAUCGAUUUCUCUCGCCUGAAUGAAAAAAUCUAAAAAACACUCAUUCAAAAUUAAUUAAUAAACUCCAAGUACAUCUUUCCUACGAUCUCGGAGGCAUUUGCGUCGUUCCUCGUGACUUCUUCCGUCAACUUUUCCAUUUAUUUAUUACCGAGUCAUCGUCAGGGCCACACGACGGAUUGUUAAAUCACGCAGACUUGGCCGGCCGCUAUCGGAAUCGGAGACACGAACGAAAGUACAUCGACGGUAUCUACAGUGCAAAUCGUGACGAAGCGAUCUCGACGGUCGGCGACAGCUGACAGCAUCGAGACAGACGGAGAAAGAGAGAGAGAGACGACAGACGAGAGACGUUAGAGUCCCACCCGCGCUCGGACUCGAUCUCGCUGCACUCCCGGUCGUGAUCGACGGUGGUGAGACACGUGCCUAUGUAAAUCAUCGAGCACAACACACACUGGACUGGGACUCCCGACGCGGGCGUGACGCCGCAUCUCUCGGCAGGGCAGGAUCAGCCGGAUGGUGGAGGAUGCCUGCGUCAUCGGGCAUCGUCGACGAGAUCGAUCGCAAAACAUGAUCGCUCCUUCUUGUCGUCGUUUCCUCGUCCCACUCUCGCGUCAGUCUACGCUUUCUCGACGCUGCUAGAUCUCCCGCGGUCCUGGCGAGCCGGCUCACUUUAAUGGAUGGAGAGAAAGAUUGCCAGCAGAAAAAAGGGGCUCGGGGCAGUUUCCCAUCUCAGAGCAAUGCAUCGAAUACGCCUCUUGUACCAGGGGAAGAAACGGAUUGGGAGGGUAUGCUCAACACAGAGAAGCAGAAGGGUGAUCUCGGUGACAUGACAUUUUGCAUGGCAAACUACCUGAAGGAAGCUAUGAAGAUGAUGUUCAUGAUGCGCAGCCAUCAUAUGCUGACUGAUGUGAUACUGGAAGUUGGUAGCGAACUGUUCCACGCGCAUAAAGUUAUUUUAGCAGCAGCUAGUCCAUACUUUAAGGCAAUGUUUACCGGUGGAUUAAAGGAAUGCGAGAUGACAAGAGUGAAACUCCAAGGUGUCUGUCCAACUGCGAUGGCUCGUUUAAUGUACUUUAUGUACACUGGUCAAAUAAGAGUCACCGAGAUUACAGUGUGUUCACUACUUUCAGCAGCUACCAUGUUCCAAGUCACUAAUGUGAUAGAUGCGUGCUGUGUUUUUCUGGAGAGACAACUGGACCCCACAAAUGCGAUUGGAAUCGCCAACUUUGCCGAACAGCACGGUUGCCACGACUUGUACCAUAAGGCAAAUCAGUUCAUUGUUCAGCAUUUCAACCAGAUAUGUCAAGAAGAGGAAUUUCUGCAACUGUCUGCCAUCCAGCUGGUGGCGCUCGUGAGGAAGGACGAGUUGAAUGUGCAAGAGGAGAGGGAAGUUUACAACGCUGUGCUGAAGUGGGUCAAAUACAACGAGGAAGCGAGGCGACCCAAGAUGGAACACAUCUUGCACGCGGUACGCUGUCAAUAUCUCACGCCGAAUUUUCUGCGGGAACAGAUGAAGAACUGCGACGUGCUGAAAAAGGUGCCGGCCUGUCGCGAGUACUUAGCACAGAUCUUUAAGGACUUGACGCUGCACAAGAAACCGAUUGUCAAGGAGCGUACGCCCAAUACACGGCGAGUGAUAUAUAUCGCCGGUGGUUUUUUCAAGAAUUCGCUUGACGUACUAGAGGGUUACAACGCUGACGAUCAGACGUGGACGCAGCACGCCAAGCUGAUCGUCCCCAGAUCCGGUCUAGGCGGUGCCUUCCUCAAGGGAAUGUUUUAUGCGGUCGGCGGCAGACAUAAUUCACCGGGAAGCAGAUACGAUAGCGACUGGGUCGAUAGGUAUAAUCCAAUGACGGAUCAAUGGCGACCUUGCAGUCCAAUGUCGGUACCGAGGAAUAGAGUUGGAGUUGCUGUGAUGGAUGGCUUAUUGUACGCCGUAGGCGGUAGCGCGGGUGCCGAAUACCACAAUAGCGUCGAAUGCUACGAUCCGGAUCAGGAUACGUGGACUAGUGUCAAACCUAUGCACAUCAAGAGAUUAGGCGUAGGAGUAGCAGUAGUGAAUAGAUUGCUAUAUGCGAUUGGUGGCUUUGAUGGCAAGGAUCGACUCAGUUCGGUUGAAUGUUAUCAUCCUGAGAACGACGAGUGGACGAUGGUACCGCCUAUGAAAUUCAGUCGCUCCGGGGCUGGAGUGGCCAGUCUGGGUCAAUACAUAUACGUUAUAGGUGGAUAUGACGGAAAAUCGCAAUUGAAUUCGGUAGAACGAUACGACACGGAACACGAUGUCUGGGAAGACGUGAGCAGCGUCAGCAUCGCUCGCAGUGCGCUCAGCGUCACCGUCCUCGACGGCAAGUUAUACGCUAUGGCAUAUUCUAUCCUUUUCAGGAGGAUACGAUGGCACGACGUUUUUAAAUAUAGUAGAAAUUUACAAUGCGACUCAGGACCAAUGGACCCAAGGUGUGCCUAUGACAUCAGGGAGAUCCGGCCACGCCAGCGCGGUAUCGUACUAUCAAUGUCCAAUACACUGCGAUCAUUUGGAUCAUAAUAUUUCGCUAGAGAAACCGCCAUCGUGAUGCACAGACUGAGCCAGGUUUUUUAAUGUAAUAUUCAAUAGUAAUGAUGAUAUCAUUCUUUCAUUUACGAAAGACAAGUGUAAAACUGUAAAAAAUACGUCAAUCUUAUUGACACUAAUCGACAUUUAACGGAACUCGACUGAUAAGUAUAUUAUAUAACACUAGAUGAUAUGCGACACGUGUUCAUCGAAUCGGAUUAAGAUGGAUUGAUUAUAAAAAUUGUGACUAGCUGACAAAAAAAGCGCAAGACGAAGUAAGUCUCGUCAACUAUCAAAGGACCAGUUUAUCGUAUCCGUUAGGUUAAAUAUGCGACUGUGUUAUGUACUUAGAGCUUUUUAAUUGUAAAUGACGCUAAUUAAUAUAUAAAUAUAGAAAAAGAGACAGAAAAAUAAUAUAUGUAUAUAUUAUGUAAAUAAUAAUAUAUUUAUAUUAUGUGUAAAAAAUGUUUUCGAAUAAUUUGCAAAUAUUUAUUUUUGUCAGCGUCUAACAAUCACAUAAUCUACCAUCUUUUGUAAAUAAUACGUUAUUGUAAUAGUCUCGUAAUUUAUUUCUAUUAAUUUAUCUGAUUAUGAAAAGAAUGAUAAAAUAGCUAUGUCAAAAUUUACAUAACGAACGUUAACAAACGUUUAUCCAACACUCAUAUUACUUUAUGUAUAUUAAUAUCGCACAUUUGCUUGAACUUGUCUGAAGCAGGAUACUUUUAUGGAAAAUAAGCGAUGUUUGCAUGUUUAAAAUGGACAUUUAGAAACAGAUAAUAAAGCAGAUAAAUUCCUGCAAUUUUCAAACAAUCGAA